UACAUAUUGCAACAUUCAGCCAUGCUGUGCCCAUAAAUGUCAAAAUUUCUGUCCAUCUUUAUUCAAAAAUCAUUUGAUUAUUCACGAGCAAAACACAGCGUAGUCGUCAUGUCCAAACGAAGUGGUUUCCAUAGAGCCCCUAAAUUUAAGCCCGAGGUGAAAGUGGUCCAAAGGCCUCCUAAGCCCACAAUAAACAUGUUCAGAACUGAGAAAGUUGAGGUUCUCCCUGAACCAAUAAAAUCUGCAGCUGAUAAAAAGCUUUACAAGACAAUUAGGUUAGAAAAUGGUUUAACAGCUCUGCUCAUAUCAGAUCCAUCUGGGCUCGAUGUAGUUGAUGAAGAAUCCAGCGAAGAGGAGCCUAGCAGCUCGGAUGACAGCAGUGGUCCAGAGAGUGACACACAAUCGGAGCGCUCUGGAACCAGCGACCAACAUGGAAAUAAGAGGCGUAAUGAGUUCAAUGAAGAGAAACUGGCGGCAUGCGCGCUGUGCGUGGGCGUGGGCAGCUACAGCGACCCGCCCGACAUACAGGGGCUGGCGCACUUCGUCGAGCACAUGGUGUUCAUGGGCAGCGAGAAAUAUCCCAAGGAGAACGAGUUCGACGCCUUCAUCAAGAAAAAGGGAGGUUCAGACAACGCGUCAACGGAUUGCGAGAUGACGACAUUCUACUUCGAGAUCCAAGAGAAGCACCUCCCACACGCCAUGGACAUGUUCAGCCAGUUCUUCGUCAGCCCUCUCAUGAUGAAAGAGGCUAUGCAGAGAGAGCGGGAGGCUAUCCAGUCCGAGUUCGCUAUCGCCGCGCCUUCGGACUCGAACCGCAAAGACCAGCUGCUCUCCAGCCUGUUCCCCGAAGGACACCCGGCGCGGACAUUCACGUGGGGCAACCUCAAGAGCCUCAAGGACAUGGUCGAGGACGACCAUCUAUACAAAGCUGCGCACGAGUUCAGGAGGCGACACUACAGCGCGCACAGGAUGACGCUCGCCGUGCAAGCUCGAAUGGACUUGGAAACGCUAGAGAAAUACGUCAUAAACACGUUCGGGCAGAUCCACACGAACAAGCUACCAGGAGACGACUUCACCGAGUACAUGUUCCGACCGGACCUCGUCACGCCCGAGUUCCGGAGCAUCUACUACGUCAAACCCGUCAGCGAUACUACUGAGGUUCAUUUAACAUGGAGCAUGCGGUCCCUCAUCUCGGAAUACGAGUCGAAGCCACACCAGUACAUCUCCUAUUUGUUGGGCCACGAGGGCAAAGGCAGCCUUCUGUCCUAUCUUAGGAAAAAGGUGUGGGCGCUGGGCAUAUACACGGGCAACUCGGAGAGCGGCAUCGAUUACACCUCCAUGUACAGCCUGUUCUCCACGCAGGUCGUGCUCACCAAAGAUGGGCUGGAUCACAUCGACGAGGUUUUGGAAGCAAUAUUCUCAUACAUAAACAUGCUGAAACAUUUGGGACCAUCGGAGAGGGUUUAUGAUGAAAUAAAGACUAUAGAAGAGACAAGUUUCCGCUUCGAAGAGGAGUCUCAACCGGCGGACUACGUGGAGUCGCUCGCAGAAAACAUGCACUUUUACCCUCCCGAGCACUACAUCACCGGCGACCGCCUGUACUAUAAAUAUGAUCCUAAGGGAAUCCGUGAGGUGCUGGAGUGUAUGAGCGCAGACAGCGUGAAUAUAAUGAUCCUGUCCAACAAGCACUCGAAGAAGAUUGACUACGACGCCAAGGAGAAGUGGUUCGGCACGGAGUACCGCAGGGAAGAAAUCCCCUCCGACUGGCUCAAGCGCUGGCUCAACGUGGAGCCCUACAGCCAGUUCCACAUCCCCGACAAGAACAUCUACCUCACCUCGGACUUCUCGCUCGUGCCGCCGCCGCAGCCCUACCUCGACGCGGCCAAGGAGCUCGGCAUAGAUCUGGCUAAUAGCUCUGCUAAAGAGAUUUAUAAGAGGACCGAGAAGAGAGGGGAGCAGACGACGAUACUUUCCAAGGGUGAUCUCAUGGCCACUGUCAAUAAUUUCAGGCUCGACCAGCCCAACCUUCUCCGCAAGAACAAGCACAUGGAGUUGUGGUACAAGCCCGACUUCAAGUUCCGCUUCCCCACAGCGCUUCUAUAUUUCUACUUCAUCACUCCACUCAGCCUGAAGUCUCCGAGAGAAGCUUGCCUUUUGGAUUUGUGGACUGACGUUUUACAACAGGGGCUCAAAGAAGAAGUGUACCCGGCAAAUAUGGCGGACCUCUCUCACUCACUGUACGUCUCCGACAAAGGCUUGACGCUCAAAGUGUCCGGAUACAGUCAAAAUUUACACCUGCUGGUGGAGCUGGUGAGCCGCGAGAUGACGCAGACGAGCGACAUGCUGACGGCGCCGCUGUUCGAGGCGGUGCGCGACGUGCGCGCGCGCUCCUACCACAACGUGCUCAUCAAGCCGCACAAGCUCGCCAAAGACGUUCGGAUGAACAUAUUACUGGAGCCGUAUAUCUCGCCGCGGGAUAAAGCGUCCAUCGUGCACAACGUCACUUUAGACGAACUCAAGGACUUCAGCAAGCAGCUGCUCAGCAAACUCUACUUGCAGGUCCUGAUACAAGGCAAUAUCGAGUGGGACAGAGCCAUUCGGAUAUCGGAAAAAGUUUUGUCGACUAUCAACUGGGAAGGGCUGGCUGAAAACGAACUUCCUAAUUUACAAGUGCACCAGCUGCCUCUCGGCGAGAAGAAGAUCCGCGUGAUGAGCCUCAACCCUGAAUCCACCAACAGUAUCGUCACCAACUACUACCAGGGCGAGGCCACCACUCGCCAAGACACCGCCACGCUCGAAGUUCUCAUGAUGGUGAUGGAGGAACCAGUGUUUGACGUGUUGCGCACCAAGGAGCAGCUCGGGUACAGCGUGUUCAGCAUGAUGCGGUACACGUUCGGGGUGCUGGGCGUCAGCGUCACUGUCAACACGCAGGCUGACAAGUUCAGUGUUUCGCACGUGGACAGCCGGAUAGAGGCGUUCAUGAAGAAAUUCUCACGCGAUGUCCGCCGUCUCAGCGAGAAGGCCCUCCAGGCCACCAAGAGCUCGCUGGUCCAACUCAAGCAUACCACCGACUAUGAACUCAAAGAGGAGGUCGAAAGGAAUUGGAGAGAAAUAGUUAGCAGGGAAUACCAAUUCCAGAGGCUGUUCUUAGAGGCGGAUGCCAUUGAAAAAAUCAAGCUGUCAGAUCUCAAGAGUUGGGUUGAGAGCCACUUUUCGACCGGAAACAAGUCUAAAUUCAGGAAACUUUCCAUACAGAUCGUCGGGCACAAGUCCGCCGCCCCCGGCAACACGACAUCUCCCCCCAGCCCCACCCCCACCCCCGCGGGCUACGCGCUGCGCGUGCUGACGGCGGCCGAGCCGGGCGACGGCGCCGACAGCCCCGACGCCUUCAUCACCGACCUCGCCGACUUCAAGCAGCGCCUGCCCUUCAUAAAAGUGCCGCAGGUCGAGCUCGCCACCUGUUAGCGGUCUUCCCCCCUGACGUACAGUUUUUUGCGGGUACGGUUUUCUGCAGGGUCCCGUUUUAGUAGUAUACGUGCUACUAUAGUGAUGAUGUCCUCCCAGACGUGUCCGUCGACGGCGACGUCCUGACAAGUUUUUUUUUUAUCAUGAACGUUACCUACUAUUGAAAGGGGUUUACUACAUUAGUUAACUAUUACGAGUACGUGCAUGGGCGCGAGCGUGACUUGCAAAUCCAAAUUUGGUUUUGAAAGUCCGGCAGCACAAAACACAGUAGAGCUGUCCAGAUGAGUUGUACGUAUAGUUGUAGGCGGGCUUAGGCCGAGUUUUUCGGAGCUGAUAUAGUAAAGUUGGUUUCAUUGUGCUACUAUAGUAAGGUUCACACGAACAUUCUGUUUGCGGGAUACUGCACAUAUACUACAGAAUACUGGAUCCUACAGAAAACCGUACCUGGAAUGGUAUGCGCUCCCGGUUUAAUCGUUCGCGCACAAAUUCUAAGGAAUUUCUUGCUGUACAAGCGAAGUGCGUGCUUAAGUAAGGGUGGUAUUCCAUCUGUCCAAUAUCUUGGUCCAAUGUCAAUGCUUCUCACUCACUCCUUAAGCAAAAUGUGAGAUAAAAUACACAUUGGACAGGUCGAACACCACCCUUAACAAGCAAAUAGAGCCUACGAUUCCUCCGAGUUCGUGCGCGAACUACAUAUAAGUGACUAGCAAUGCUAUUUAUUAAACACCUACAAAUGAUUAUCAGAAAUACUUUAAAAAUACGUACAUGACGUUAACUAAAAACGGCCUUUCAUACAUAUACCGUAAAUUCCAUUUAAAGACUACAGUAUUUUGUAUGUAAUAUUGACAAACGACAAUAUCCGAUAGUCAUAAAUAUUAACAAAGUGCGGCCCGCAUUCACUUCGUUAACUACUAUGUGGCCCUUGGCUGCUAAAAGGUUGCCGACCGCUGUCAUAGUGCAAUAUGUUAGGGUUGUAUUCCACCUAUCCAAUUUCAUUGUUGGACAGGUGGAAUACCGCCUUAACCAUGAAAUGUAUUGAUUUGGUACAGUCAACAACAGAGCUAUGAAUACAGGCAAAGUGCCAAAAAUAUGUAUACACGACCUUAAUGUACGGGCAAUAAAGUACUGUAUACAUAUUUUUGACACUUUGCCUGUAUUCAUAGCUCUGUUGUUGACUGUACAUAUAGGGCUAUUUGAAUUUAAGCCAUAACAUCGUAAUAGUUAAAAUAAUACUCUCUUACUAUGACUAAUGAUAAAAUAUUCGGACUUAUAGUUCGUUUUUUUAGCAUUAGAAAGAACUUGAAUGAAGGUAAGCGAUCUUGACAUGUCUUUUAAUUGAAAAACGCAUAUUAAAAAUCAAUAGCUAUUACUUAUGAAAGCAGAAGAAUAUAAAUGAUUGUAUUAGAUUCAUAAUUCGUUACAUAUUUGCCGUAUCAUAUUUUUAAAAUGUGUUUUUUAAUUAAAAGACACAUCAAGAUUGUUUACCUCAUUUCUAAUGCUAAAAAAAACGAACUAUAGAGCUUGUAAUCUUAAAAGUUCCAAGUAGACUCCACAGCAAUAAAAAAAAACUAUUGUUAUUAUAGCAAUAUAAUCAGAAUUAGCUGUUUUCUUUAAAAUAUUGAACACAGAAUGAAUUUUACUGAUUGUAAUAAUAUUUUUGUUUAUUUAAUCAUAAUGUUGAAUAUAUGAGCAAAAUGGUACACUUGAUAUGAAAUUGUGUUCAAUAAUAUAAAGUACUUUAGUAUACAUUUUUGACAUCGAUACGCGAAUUUAAUACACAGGUCUUAUUUGGCUUGCUGUGACAUUGCAGACCAGUAUAUAUUAUAUAAUAGAUAGUAACAUAGGCUAGUUUUUGGUUGUUUAUAUAUUUGCUGCCUUGUUUUUUUUUAUUAUGCAAAAAUAGAAAAUGUUAGUAUAACGCUAUGUAUAUAAAAGAUUUUAUAAAAAUAGCAAAUACUUAUGUGCUACUUUACUGUAGCAGUGCAGGAAAAAUGUAAAUAAGUUUUGUAUUUAAAUAGUUAUUACAAAUAAUGAUGUGGAACAAAUAAAACUCGUUUUGUUUGAUU